AUUAGAGGGAGUUAUCAGAACCUGAAAUUUUUGGAAGAAUGGAGAACAGCACCCACAGAAAACAGGUUUAUUCACAGCCCAUACUUCCCUCUAACUAUUGCUUUAUUUUAUUAUAUAUGAUGUUAAAAUAGUGUUUGGAGAACGUUGAAAUUUAUUCAGAACCCUUUUUUCUUUUUAUAAAAUAAGCACAUUGUUAGACAUGUAAAAUAUCAAAAACUAGAUUCUAAAAAUUCACACACUCCUCCACCCCCACCCCCCAAACAAUGUGCCUUUUCCAGUUAGUAAUUAGGACAGGCAAGGAUAUGUAUGUAUGUAUGUAUGCAUGUAUGUAUGUAUGUAUUUUCGCUAUCCUCGAGACCCUAAUCAGAACUGGGCUGCCCCCUUGCGGUUUCUUCUAUGUCACAGCUUCAAUCAGCCUACAGUCCUUGAGCCCCAUCACCUUUUCUCUUCACUGUACCGUUUCAAUAUAGCAAGGGGCAGCGAACAGUAAAACUCCGAACUUGUCACCUUCCCGCCUUCAAAAUCUUUCAAAUCUCUCGAGGGAACAAAUGAAACCGAAGAUGGACAAACACAUAACCUACAAGAUCAGGGACCUCCCCCACGCUGUUCCUUUACACAGAAUUCAAGUCGCAGAGCCUGAGAAGCCCGGGUGGAAGAGUCUGGAACAAUCUAGUUCUGCUUUGACCUCUAGAGUCGUGGCGGCCUGGCAUCUGAGCUGGUAACGUGCACGGCGGGUUAUGUAAGGAAAGGGCUGAAGGAGCCGCCCCAGCGGGAGCCCUGGAGAGGACGCGGUGUUCUCGGCGGCAGUCCCCACCCUCCUCACCCAGCUGGGCAGGAGGCACCCAAGUCGUAGGAGAAAGAGGAGAGUAUGGUGAAACAGAGACCAGGAAAUCACGAGGGCUGGGCCGCUGAGAAGGGUGAGGAUACACAGUAGCACGCCUCCAUUCUAACAUACGUUCCAGACGCAAGUCGCUGAGGGUUCCACGUGCUGCACCCGUGAACAGAGGCGCUCAAAAGGACAGAGAGGUACGCUUGUAAGGAGUCAGUAGUCCCAUAUCGCGAGGCUGACGCCUCAGGUACCACACCAGUCUGCACACUAAAGCCAAGCGCUUCCGGCGCACCACCAUCCUAUUUAAGGUCACGAGUUCCGCCCUCCCCCCCCCCACUUUUCCACUCUUUUUCCAUCCUCCUCCUUUUCUCAUCACCGGGUCCUCUCCGCCAGCCGCAUGUAGGGGCGGAGCACGGAAUGCUCCCCUUCCAGCCAAUCGUCACCUGAAUGCCUCUCUAUUGGUCGAGCCCCUAUAUGCUGUAGCAAAUGGGAUAUGAGCUUCAGCAACUACAGUCACGUGCCACCGGCUAGAUGACCAAUGAGGGUGCGAGGUCUGUGUACGCAGGGGAAGGCACGUGCACAGCUGCACGUGUUUGGGAGGGGGAAGGGGCGGGACCCACUGGCGGAGAGGCGGAGGUGGAGAGCUAAGACCCGUAGAGUGUGAGGAGCUGGAGACAGCCUGCGCUGAGACGACCGACACAGGUGAGGAAAACCGAAGGACACGCUACGGUGUGCGCGGGAUCAGCCCCGGAGAGAGUGGGUUUAGGAAUCUCUUGGUAUUCGGGGUGAUCGUAUCAGGUGGCAGAGGGACCCAAGAGGGUACGGAGCAGGGAUCCUAAUUGGAAAGACUGGGAAGAGGCGAUGUGUGUUGGGAGGGUGCGGGUGGCCAGGGGUCUUUUUGGAAGGCGGUUCCUGGAGACUCACUAGAUGGGUUCCGGUGCCCGAGAUCUCCGGUGCUCGCCGGUGGCGCGACCUCAGGUAGAGAGGCUCGCUGCGGGAUCAGGUGAACAAUGGACCAGGCUGGGCAAGUGUUAAGUCAGGUAUUUACUCUGAAGCGAGGGAAGAAGGAACGGAAGUCUGUCAGGCUAAGAGCUACUUUGCGGACACGAGAGAGGCAGUCCUGGUUCCUAAUGGAGGCGGGGGAGAUGGCUUGUCUAUUUUGUCUGAGACCGGUAAUUUCGGGGAGGGAGGGAAGAGAUAUGAUUAUCCCGUACUGUGUACCCCAGUCUCCCAGUUCAUUUCCUGAUUCUCAGAUGCUGGUUUCCAACUCCUUCGCUUUGCUCUUCAGUUGCAGGUCCGAUCUUUGGGUACUCCGGGAGCUGCUCUCCAGCCCCUGCUUCUGCACCUAUGGAUUCUCCAUCUAGCGUUUCUUCCUAUUCUUCCUCCUCGCUCCCUUCCUCUUUUUCCACCUCACCAGGGAUCAGUGACUUUGGCUUCCCCUCCGAUAACGAAGGGAAUGAAAAAGGGGCCCAUGGCCCCAGGCCAGACACUGUUGGGCAGAGGGGAGGUUCUCGGCCCAGCCCGGGUCCUAUUCGCUGCAGGCAACGACCCAAGGUUUCCAGUAAUCAACUUACAGCAUCGCCCUCUGAACAGCGGGGCUUGGCUUCUCCUAUGGCGGGAUCUGGGGUCAAAAGAUCAAGAGAUCGUGAACUGGAGACCAGUCUAAACAUCCAUGGUUGUACCACAGAAGGGGACCUGCUCUUUGCUCAGAAGUGUAAAGAGCUCCAGGGAUUCAUACGUCCUCUCACAAACCUACUGAAUGGACUGAAGAUGGGUCGCUUUGAAAGAGGUUUGAGCAGUUUUCAGCAGAGUGUGGCAAUGGACAGGAUCCAGCGUAUCGUAGGUGUUUUGCAGAAGCCACAGAUGGGAGAGCGUUAUCUGGGAACCCUGCUGCAGGUAGAAGGAAUGUUAAAGACUUGGUUUCCUCACAUAGCUGCCCAGAAGUCAUCACGGCAUCGUAGCAGGCACCAGCUGACCAAGCAUUUUUCAAGCCACAACAGUUAUCCAGCUGCUCCCUCUCCUGCACGUCCCAUGGAAAAGAUGGACCAGAUGCAGCUAGGACACUUGGUAUUGAAACCAAAGCAGCCUUGGCAUCUCACUGAACUGCCACCUAUGAACCUCACUUGGAUCCACACCACUCCAAUUUGCAACCCUCCUCUUAGUUCCCCAGGUGCCAUCUCCUUUAGCCAUGGUCCUUCAGGUACCGGAACCAGCAUUGGUGUCAUCCUUUUCCUCCAGCAAAGAGAGCAGCCCUUCACCCACUCAGCCCCGACCACUCCAGUUCCACCUACUACAGCAACUCCCGGCAUCCCCAGUUAUCCUAAGAAACUAUCUGGAGAGGGACCUCGUUGCCACAGCUUACCAGUAACUCUGCCAUCAGACUGGAGCCGUACCCUGUCCCCUCAUGAUCCACCCAGCAUGGCCAGAGAGAGAACUGUGGGACACCUAGAGGAGAUGAGAAGCCAUCCUCCAGUUGCUCCUGAUGUGCAUCCUCUCAACCCCUAGUCUGGGACUUAAGACUGUGGUUUCUAAUUUGUAUAAAUAUAUGUCCAUAUGUAUGUGUGUGUAUUUUACUUUUAAUGUGUGCAUUUGUGUUAAGGGAAGAGAAAUCCUUUCUGAUUAAAGAAGUUUUAUACUUAAA